UCUUCGCCCUCUCCCUGCGGUCAAGACCUGCGCGCUCCCCAGUUAAUUCCGUAACCAGAUUCCCAGUGUUGCUCUGCCUCCUCCUCCUCCUCCUCCUCCUCAUGAAACUGCAGCAACCAGGGAGACUAAAUCAAUCGCAACUCACCUCUGAACGGCGGAGCCUCCUCCUCCUUGAACCUUUUCCUGCCUCUGCGGCAGCGCGGGAUUUAAAGAGUUAAAGGGAGGGUCCUGGGAAACCCGAUGCUAAUGAUGCACUAAAAGAAUUCUUGCACUUUAACAUUCCCUUCCAGGGUUUCUGAGGAGGAGGUCAGUUUCCCGCCGUGGAGGCAAAACAAACUUUGCCUUCUUCACGCGAUCAUUGAUUCAUCUCAGUCCAGAUCCAAAAGAGCAGAACAUUGGAUCUCCCCAAAGCUACUGGUUUCCGCUCCAUCUGCUCCUCUUUUUUUAUUUUUAAGGGACUGCCAAGGUCUCUCUUCCUCUUGCAGGUGACGCUGGAGAUGCUGGCGAGACAGCUCCAUUGGGCUUUCUGUUGCUGGCUAGGGGUUUGCCUGUGGCUUCUGGCUGGCGAAAGAGGAUGCAUCAGCGCUGCGCACUGCCGGAACCCCCCGUGCAGCAGGAGCAGUGACAGCGAACAUCAGCCCAGCAGACAACACUGCCAGGGCCCCCACUGCUCAGGAAGGGCAAGGCACCCUUCUCGUGCCUUUGUCCACUCCACCACACCUGUGCAAGGGCAGCUGCAGGAGCCUCUAGGGGGCAGCAACCUGGGACAUGCUGCCUUGGCCGCCACGAGGGGUGCAGAAGAGAGUUGCUCUGGAGGAGGAGACUGCAGCGCUGGCGCUCCCAAUGGCACCGUUCGGGACUGCGAAGGCAUUGAGUGCAGGCUGCCUCUGCACAUCCGCCAGAAGUCCAGGCCAGCUACCCAGACCAUCCCAUGCCCUCCAAACCAGGGGGAAGGUUGCCGUGAGCCCACCUUGGUCAGAGCAACUGAGAGGGCAGCCCAGUUCAUUGGGGAAGACCUUGCCUACACAGCUUCAGAUCUAGGCGGUGCUGCCCUGGGUGUUCAGCUGACCUGUGAUGUCAAACCAGGGGAAAAUGAGGUUCCGUCUGAGGAUGCGCUUGUGCUGCAACUUCAGCUUACGAAAGGACAAGAGAAAUUUGUCGACUUGCUGAAAAGCCAGCAGGCGGUGAUUGUGGAUUUACAGCAAAAACUUGCAGAGCAGCAGAGCAUGUUGGUGGCUCAGCAGCGGGAAAUCGUAGAGCAACACAGGAAGAUGUAUGAACAAAUGGACCUGAUCAAGGUCCAGUAUGGCAUGCUUUUUGACACAGUGAAGCAAAUGUCGUUUCAGAGUUUGCAAGAGGAUAUUCAACAUUAUUUCGAAGCCAAUCUCCAAGGCCUUCAGAACCAAGUCAGAAGCCAUCUCCAGAAGUCCUACUCCAUGCAUAAAGUAGAAGUCGAUGCCAAAGUGAUUGAUGUUGGGGAACCUUUAAUGGACUGUGGCCUUUGUGAAAGUGACGAAUUUUGUAAUUUCCAAAAGACACCCUCGCAGUGUGAAAAAUGCACCUUAUGCCCUGCUGGCUUUUUCCAGCUGUCUGAGUGCUCGACAAAUGCUGAUCGGAUAUGCCAGGAUAGAGAUGAGUGCAUUGAAUCACCAAACAUCUGUGGAGAAAGGAUAAAGUGCCUGAACACUCCAGGAGGAUUCCGAUGCCUUGGAAUUGCAGCAAAAGAAGCUGCCUUGGGAUUGUGCGGAGAAGAGUAUUUCUUUAACAAAGAGCUGCAAGAGUGCCAGGCUUGCUUAAUGUGUGAAGACAGGGCGGUUGUUCUCCCCUGCUCCACUGUCAGCGACACCGUUUGCUCAACAGCCGGUGAGAACAAGCUGUCCGAGUCCUGGACUGCGAACGUCAUUUUACCCAUGGCAAAUUCUGGUGCUUCUCAAAUUUAUCCUGGCGUUACCUUGAAGAUAAAGGGGAAGCACGAGUGGGACAUCGUCGCGGUGGAAGAGAACAGCCUGGUCUUCAAGCAGCACGGCCUAAUGUGGGCCGACUUCAAUUUUGCCGUGAAACACAACUGCAGGAAUUUCCUCCAGCUUGCCUUGAAAUUCAGCAGCCAGGAGGAGGAAGGCUGUGAGCUGAGCUCGGUCCGCAUUGAGCAGCCGGAAGGCAAAAUCUUCCAGAGCGUCAGUGUGAGCGGCACGGCGGAGGUAGAACCAGGCCAAGCUCUCUGGCUGUUUUUGAAGAGCCCCAAUCAAUUCUGCAACCAAAGUAAAGACUUCAACGUUUACGACCUCAACACACCCCUCAGUUUGCUUUGGUUAUCCCACGAUACGGGGGCGGUAGCCAUGACUGCGCAAUUGUCCACCGCGAUGCACUACCAAAUGAACUACCGGCCAACUUUCAGAUUGGUUUCCCUGUCCGACCCUUACAUGCUAACCUUGUCCCACGAUGGCAGAGCCGUCAAGUUUACGGAAAGGGGCGUGGUGAAGUUCGUUUUGCACCAAGCCUUGUACUCCAUGGGCCCCACCUGCAUCCGCGAAGGCCUUUCCCUGGUGUCUUAUCUCAACCGAAACGGCACUAACGUAGAACUAAUGACCGUGCACAAGUCUGGCGUCAAUUAUCGAGACACGUCGAUAUCUGCCUCCGGGGCCACCAAAGUUGAAGCCGGGGAUCUCAUUAGCUUUGAGAUCCUUUCGCCAGCACAAUGCAACAUUCGUUAUUUUGGAGACAGCUCUGGAAUUAGUACGCUGAGCCUCAUCUGGAUCCCAUCUGCAGUUUCCACUGCUCUCUCAGCCUCGGUCUCCGUUAAGGGGCUGCCCACAGGAGCUGUCAGAAACAAAUUACUGGAUUUCACUCAGGUUUCCUCCAUUGAGAAGCAGAUCCGUUUGGUUUCUACUGGGCAACUUGCUCAGAAAUACUUUGUCUUUACCGAAAGGGGAGUCGCCAGUGUUGUGUUUUCAAUAAAGCUGAUCCACUCAUGUAACAUGCUCCGGGUGACUCUAAAUCAGCUCCUGGAUGAUCAUGGGCAGCCUCAUUCAAUUGCGCAGCAGGUUGGAGGGCAAAUGCCAGAAGGAAGUAUCUGGACCAGCGUUGCGCUUCGCUCCUCCUUUGAAGUUCGUAAUGGUACAAUGAUAUCUGUUUCUCUGGACUGUGUGCGUGGCAGGGUCAACCACGUUGCACAUCAGCAUGGAACUGGCUUGUCCAUUUUAUGGGUUUCAUCUAUCCCAGGAGGAAACUGACAGUUAAUAAAAAGUACGGAAGGAAUCGGGAAAGGUGAUUGGUAAGCCCAUGUUGGGCGUUUUCUCCUUUCUCCAGCUGCAGUUGAAUGGCACAGAACUCGCUAAGAGAACAGGUUAGACAAAAGGCAGAAUACAGGGAUGGGGAACCAUUGUUCCUUAUCGUUGGCUGAGCUGAUGGGAGCUGGAGUCUGAGAACACCCAGAGGGCAGCUUGUUGGCUGCCUCUGCUCUGUUGGUGAACUUUUCUAGGGAGUUCAAUCAGCUGACUUUCAAUAGGACAAAUAUCUAGCUGAGACAUAGCAAUGCCUUGGAUGUCCAGUUGCCCAGUCAAACAUUAAUAGAGUGAUGCUGAAGCCACUUUGCCAUGAUUUUGAGUGUUACGAAAGCCAGCAAACUGUAAGAUCGUCAGUUUAUUAUUAUUGUAUUUUGACGGCUGGGAUGGAUAUUGGUACUCUGAAUUGGGGCAGGAAAAGAGGCACCAUUUGCUGCUCUGCCUCAGGCAUCAAAUUGUCUUGGGCCAACCCUGCAUGUAAGUCCAUACAAUCACCCUGGGAGCCGUGCUUCAUACAAUCAUAGAAAUGUAAGAAUUAGGAAGAGCUUUGUAGAUGUCCAGUCCAAGGCUAGGGACUCCAUCUCCCAUCUGCUGUAGCCAGCAUGGCCAGUGUUCAGGAAUGAUGGGAAUUGUAGUCCAAUGACAUUGGGAAGCUCCACAGGUUCCCUGCUCCUGAUGUAAUCCAACUCCUUGCAGUGGUGGACCUUGCGGUCUCAAAUAUCAGUGGCACCCUGUGCAAUGCCAAAGUUCCCCCACCCCUCAUGCUCCAUUCCAGACCAUAGUUGUGGCGCCUCCAAGGCUUGGCACCCAGUGUACCAAACUGGUCAUGCUCCCUAAAACCCUCCUCUGCCCCUUGCUUGAUGCAGGAAAUAAGAAGAGACCUGCAGGAUCAGGCCAGAGUAGAUUCUUACUGGAAGACCACAAGCAGGACCUAAGUUGAACAGCACUCUCCCCACUUGCGAUUCCCAGCUUCUUUUAUUUCUUAUGCUAUUGCAUUGUUUCAAAAUCUGUAUACUAUGGAAUUCGACGCAAUAAAACACAACAUGUAAGAAAUAAAAGAAGCAAUUAAAAUGCAUUUUAAAAAUCACAAUGGAUCUAGCCCAGUGCAUUGCAAUUGCUACAAAAGGCAGGGAAAUCAUUCAGGUGUCUGCCAAGACCUUCAGCAAUUCUCAAGUGGUCUUUGGGGGCAGUUUGGGAACCACUAGUCUAGGUAACUAGUCCUGUUAUCAAAUCCUCUUAUGAUCAAGACAUUUCUUCUGUUGUUUAUUGGGUCCCAGCCGUACUAAAGCAAUCCCUCUGCAACCACACAGGCUGCAGUAGAGACAGUUGUGACCAUUAAAAAAGGCAACCCCCACACACAAAUCUUCUCUGCUUUCAUAAUUCUCCUCUCAGACUUUGGAGGGUCUGCCAAGAAUUGUAUGCGGAAUAACAGAGAGGUUUGAUUUAUAUCCAGUCACCAUUUUAUAAAAGGUAUAAUAUUAAUCCUCUAAUUACUUGUGUCACAUUUUACAGAUUUUAUUGGGGCACCUUUUCUAUGCCUUAAGACAAUUUUAUAUAUUGGCUAAAGUGUGCCGACAUGGGGGCUUUUUCUAGUAUAUUAAUUUAAAGUAUGCAAACUGUGACUGUUGUUUUCUUGGUUUUGUGCUUUGUUCUGGGCAUUUAUGCAGAAUAUGGAACAUUCUGAAAACUAUAUUUAUGUUUGUUUUUAUAGCCAAAUAUCACUUUAAUUAUUCUAAAACCAAAAGCAAAAGCACAGCUCUUGAUCUGUUUAUAUAUAUAUAUAUUGAAUUGAGGGAAUUUAAUUCAAAUAAAAGAUUUUUAACUUCA